GGUGGGCGAAGGGACUGUUCGCCACCGGUCGUAGGGCGUCUUCCUACGAUCCCGUGCGAAGGCUGUUCCUGUCGGUGCCGGCCUCUGGCCUUGAGCAUGUCCGUGCAGAGCAGCGGCCCGCCUGGCUGCGGUUGCAAAGGGGUCCGUUCGUGCCUGGUCUGUGAGCGAGGUGGGAUUGAAGCGGUCACGAAGUGCCAGCGGAGGAAGUACCAUUUUACUUAUCAUCCUACAUUGGGCUUAGCAAUUGGGAAUGAUGACUCUAGUUUAAGUGGCUGGACUUUUCCAUUUCCUGGAGUAUUUUUAUUAGAUGAUUUUGUAAAUGAAGAGGAGGAAACCAAGCUGGUGAACCUGAUGGAUAAUGAUGAAUGGAAGCCUUCACAAUCUGGACGCAAGAAACAGGACUAUGGUCCAAAGGUGAAUUUUAAAAAGCACAAGUUGAAAGUGGGAAGCUUCAGUGGCCUACCAUGCUUCAGCCAUUUCCUCCUAAACCGAAUGAUACAGUAUCCUGUGUUGAAAAGCUUUCUGCCUGUGGAGCAAUGUAACCUGGAUUAUAGACCGGAACGUGGCUCUUCCAUUGACUCACACUUUGAUGACUGGUGGUUAUGGGGUGAGCGUUUGGUCAGCCUGAACCUGUUGUCUGAAACUAUAUUAUCAAUGUCUUGUGACUCAGAGGAUCUCAUCCAGCUACAUCAUAAUAUGGUGUGCAAUGCACAGUCCUGUGAUCCAGUAUCUGAUCAUUCAGAGAGCCUUUGUAAUUUCCAUGAUGAUAAUACUCAAGUUCUUUGCACGGAUAACUGUAGUGUGAAAAUCACUAGUGACACCUGUCAAAGGCAUGUCCCUUACAAAGACGUAGAGGUAGCCAUACAUUUGCCAAGGAGAUCUUUAAUUGCUUUAUAUGGAGAAGCACGAUAUACAUGGAAACAUGGCAUAAACAGGCAAGAUAUUAAAUCAAGGCGGAUCUGCAGUACCUUUAGAGAGCUAUCCGAAGAGUUCAACCGUGGAGGGAAUCAAGAGGCAUUGGGAAGAGAACUCCUGGACCUCGCACUGAGCUUUCAAGGUGUUCCUGUAUGAAAUUACUGUUAUAAAACAUCAAGUACAAGUAUUCUUCAUUACAAACUCAGCUUUGGGAUAGCUACAAAACAAAAAAAGUCCCACCUUCCUAAUGCUGUGGUCUAGAUCAUGUGUCCGAACCUUUGCAGCAUUGUAAAGGUUUCAUUAGGGUUAUACAAGAGUAAAAAGAGAUUUUGCAUCUGAUCUUUUUUCUGCUAUACCAUUGAAAAACAGCUGUCAACUACUGAUCUUGUCCCUUUUAAGCAAACAGCCUUUUGUCAGAAAUUAUGGCAUCAGAGUCAUGCUUUGGCACAGUUAUCCACUAAUGUACUGUGCACACUAGCCAAAACAAGGCUUUUAUUAGUGAGGGAGAUGAUACGUGAAGCAUAUGUAGAGAAUCUAUAAUCUAUUCAAUCCACAUUUAGUGGAAAUAGGUGAUGGUUUGAGUGUUGACUUGUUAUGAAAUUACUGUCAAUUUUUAAUUAAUGAACUAGGUAUGCAGUUCAAAUUAUGCUAACCUGUCAAAUGUUUCCUCAGAAACCACUGAUUGUGGCUUUCUCAAAGCAGGGAGGUAGUGAUCAAUUUUACAUUCAAAUGUUUAGAUUUUAAUUUGAAUAAAUGCUAAUAUUGUAAAUUAA